CGGGCCACAUGCUCCAGAGGGGGAGGCGCCUGCACUUCCAGCGGAUGCCAAUCAAAGCAUCAACUUCAAAUUGUAUGUGAAAGAUCAGCCCAGGACCCGGGGGCAGACACAUCAGUUGGAGCUCAAUUGUUGAUCAGAUCACAUCUGAGGGAUUUAGGAGCACUCGGGAGCCGAGGCUUGUGGGGGGACAGCGGGCUCCUCUCCCCUAUCUGUAUCCAGCACUACACACAGGAGCCCAGGCUUGUGGGGGGACAGCAGAGACUCGGCACUCCUCUCCCCCUGCCUCUGUAUACAGUACUACACAGUCAUCCAGCAGCAGGCACAAGGUUACUACUCCUCCUCCUCUUCCCUGCCAUGUCCUUCCCGCAGCUGGGCUACCCCCAGUACCUGAGCGCUGGCCAGGCCGCCGUCUAUGGAGGAGAACGGCCGGGGGUACUGGCCGCAGCCGCAGCCGCAGCGGCCGCCGCAGCCGCAGCCGGGUCAGGGAGGCCCGCAGGAAGCGAGCUCGGGAGCAGCUCCACCGCCGCUGUCACCUCGGUGCUGGGCAUGUACCCAUACAGUGCCCCCAACUACAGCGCCUUCCUUCCCUACACCACCGACCUCACCCUCUUCUCGCAGAUGGGAUCUCAGUAUGAGCUGAAGGAUAACCCUGGUGUCCACCCAGCCACUUUUGCUGCCCAUACUGCCCCAGGCUAUUACCCUUAUGGACAGUUUCAGUAUGGAGACCCAGGUCGGCCCAAGAAUGCCACAAGGGAAAGUACCAGCACUCUAAAGGCCUGGUUGAACGAGCACAGGAAGAACCCUUACCCCACCAAGGGGGAGAAGAUCAUGCUGGCCAUCAUCACCAAGAUGACCCUCACCCAGGUCUCCACGUGGUUUGCCAAUGCCAGGAGGAGACUUAAGAAAGAGAACAAGGUGACCUGGGGUUCCAGGAGUAAAGAAGACGAGAAUCUCUUUGGGAGUGACACAGAGGGGGACCAUGAGAAAAAUGACGACGACGAGGAGAUCGACCUGGAGAGCAUAGAUAUUGAUAAGAUCGAUGAUAACGAUGGAGAGCAAAGCAAUGAAGACGAUGACGACAAACCAGAGCACUUGAGGCAAAGUGACAAAGAAAGUUUAAAAAAGGACAGUGAAGUCAUAUUAGCAGAGACUGAUGGACUUAAAUCUAAAGACCCAUUGACACUUGUCAAAGAGAACUCUGAGUCCAGCAAUACCAGAAUAGUGAGCCCCGGCAUGCAGGGGAGCUUACAAGUGCCACCUCACAACAAACCCAAAAUCUGGUCUCUAGCAGAAACAGCAACCAGCCCAGAUGGGGCAGUAAAGUCUUCUCCAUCCUCCCCACAGGUGAACCACACGUCUCCCACCACCACCAUCCAACACCCAGCUUUCCUGCCCAGCCAUGGACUAUACACAUGCCAGAUUGGCAAAUUUCACAACUGGACAAAUGGCGCUUUCCUUACACAAAGUUCUCUGAUUAAUAUGAGGUCCUUGCUAGGAGUAAAUCACCACCACAGCUCUCACCACAACCACCACCACCUCCAGGCCCACCAGCAAGCACCACUCCUAACAGCCAACCUGGGGGCUAUCAACAGCAGCGACAAAACCACAGAGAGGACCAGUCCUAAGCACACAGACAGAGAAAAUGUUCCAAGAACUGACUCUCCGCCACAGCUCAAAUCCUCCUUCCAGGCUGUUCGUGAAAACACUUUGUCACAACAAGAAGGGACCCCCCGCAUAUUAACAGCGCUGCCUUCUGCCUGAGCACUCUAUACAGACUCUUUCCACACCAUGGACAUUAUGGGUAUUAUCUAGAAAUAAAGACUCUCAGUCUCCUUUUGCAAUAAGGUGGUGUCACGACCGACCCCACCACCAAAAAUUCUAAUUUAAAAUAAAUAAAAAUGAAGUGAAUUUCAAAAAUAAAUAAAUGAAUAAUAAUAAUAAAAAAAAGACAACAACAACAUAAAAUAAACUCCCCAGUAGGUGGAUCUAUUCCAGUGUCCCGUUCCUGAUCCAACUCGUUCUAACAAGUCCUGUUUUUUUUUUUUUGGUAACUUGUUCACAUGUCUCUGUGCUUUUUUUUUUUUUUUUUUUUUUUUCCCUGUAUAUAAAGUGAUUGAAAUUGUAAAUAGCGGCGUCAGCAAAACUUGUCUAAAUCAUAUAUUUUUGUCUAAUAAACUA